GUAACGUGGUGUUGUUGGCUGUUGCUGCUCUACGAUGAUGGUGACCAGAUGUCUGUCAUGGGUGGAGUAGCAUGGUGAAGGACACCAGGCGCGCGGCCCCACCGGCAAGAUGACCCAGACGACAUACUCCCGCCCUCACCCGCGGGGCCGCCCACCUCCGCCCCCGCCCCACCCACAAGCCAGUGUAGUAAUGAGGACGUGUAUGAGGUGGCAACAUGUGGUAGUGGCAGUGGUAGUGGCAGUAGCAGUUACCUGCGGGGGUGCGGCGGGUAGUGUGGGCGAGCUGGUGCGGUUCUCAGCUCCUCAGUACAAUGCCAGCGUGCCAGAGAACGCUCUCGGCAACACGGCCGUCAUCAGCGACACCAUGAUGGGCAUAUAUGCUACUGACCCCGCCCUCAAAAUCAAGUAUCGCAUCACAGAGGGUGAUGACAAAAACUUCUUCAGGGCGGCCAGGCGCGUCGUCGGCGACUUCUCUUUCCUGGAGUUGCGGGUGCGUACUGGGAACCUCCAGUUCCUUAACCGGGAAAGUCGGGACCAGUACCGCCUCAAAGUGAAAGCACAGCACCGCCGCCACGACGGCACCAAGGAGGACCUUCCGGGCGCUGUCACAGAGGUGGUUAUUACCAUUACGGACCUCAACGACAUCUCGCCGUUCUUCCUGCAGGAGGAGUACCGCGUGCGCCUAAGUGAGGACACGCCCCUCCAUGCCUCGGUGGCGCGCGUCAAAGCCGAGGACCCAGACGAUGGCCUGAACGGCCAAGUAUAUUAUAGUUUCUUACACCCAACGUCAGUGUUCGCUAUCCACCCUACCUCGGGGGUGGUCACCCUCACACGACCACUCAGCUUCCUGGAUCAGGCCGCGUAUGAGUUAACGGUGCAGGCGCAGGACCGCGGGCGCCAACAUCGCGGGGGCUGGCCUGCACACUCCAAACUUUACAUCAACGUUACUGAAGAAAACGUGUAUGAUCCACAGAUAUUAGUGAACAAGUUGCCCGAGUCGAUGCCUCGCGCCCACCUGGCUGUGGUCGCCAUUAUCAGCAUUAUGGACCAAGACCGAGGCCCCAGUGGCGAGGUCAGGUCACUAGAGAUAGUUGAAGGCGACCCCGACCGUGUGUUUCGCAUCCUGCCAGGAUCUGAUGCUAAUGAAUUUAACCUGGCUGCUCUUGACACCAUCGACUGGAACGACUCGCCAUUCGGCUUUAACUUAACACUGAAAGCUACUGACGGAGGCAAUCGACCACGGUUCAGUUACAAGGUGGUGCGUGUGGCGGCACCACCAGGACCUCAGCAUGAAGAGGUGUUCACGCAGAAGUUGUACGAGGCUUCCGUGAGUGAGAAGGCCCCCAUAGGCACACGGGUACUGCAAGUAGGGUCCUGGCUACCAGGAGCACAACGACGCGUCCAGUUCACUGUACUGGCAGGCAACAAAGGAAGACAGUUCCACUUGGAUCCAUUCUCGGGGGUAAUUACCACGGGGGCGACCCUAGAUGCUGAGAUUCGCACUGACUACACUCUCACUGUGGGCGCUACCAGCCCCUCCCUUCUCCAGCCGCAGCAGCAGGCCUCAGCGAAGGUAAUAAUUCGCGUUAUGGACGCUAACGACAACACGCCCAUGAUUGUUGCACCUCAAGGUGUUGUGCGCGUAGAAGAACACCAUCCCGCUGGCACCUGGGUAACCAAGGUGAGGGCACAGGACUAUGACUCCGGGGAGAAUGGUUAUGUCUCAUACAGUUUAGCCAACGCCGACGAUGUGCCUUUCACGGUAGACCACUUUACAGGCGAGGUGCGCACCACCCGGGCCCUCGACUAUGAAACUGAGCGGCGCACAUGGCGACUGCUGGUGCGUGCAUCAGACUGGGGCUCCCCCUACCGUCGCCAGAGUGAGAAGAUCAUCACGGUGCACGUGGAAGACGUCAACGAUAAUAGGCCACAGUUUGAGCGGGUAGAUUGUACAGGUUAUAUCGACCGCUUUACUCCGCUGGGAUCAGAAGUGUUUACCCUCUCGGCUGUAGACUUCGACCAAGGAAAUAUUAUCAGUUACAGGAUCGUGGGCGGUAAUGAAGACCACUGCUUUUCUCUGGAUUCCACAACUGGAGUGUUAACACUGACGUGUGACUUACAGGACUUGACGGCCUCAGAACGCUUACUGAACGUGACAGCAACUGACGGCCAACAUUUUGCCGAUACCUUGGCGCUCCGUCUCCAAUUGGUGAGACAGCAGAGUCCAACAGUUGAUUCCUGGGCAUCCCUGGACUGCAGGGAGAUGGGUGUGGCUCAACGUCUCGCUGAGCAGCUAGCGCGCGCUGCUAAGAACAAUCGUCGGGAUGACCCCAUCAGCUUGUUGUCACCUCCUCCUCCGGUAGUGAACGCCUACGCGCCUGAACUAUUACUCCUGCCUUUGGAGGUUCGUGUGCGAGAGAACAGCGACCCGGGCACGGUGGUGCUCCAGGUUGACGCCGAUGACGAGGACAGCGGCUACCCAGGCCACCUCGUGUAUGCCAUCUCCUCCGGCAACGAGGAAUCUGUGUUCAUGAUAGAUAUGGAGACCGGGUCCUUGACGGUUGCGGGACUGCUGGACCGAGAGAGACUUGCACGCUACAACCUCAACUUAACCGUAUAUGACCUGGGAAGACCGCAACGUUCUACAUAUCGCCAAAUUGCCGUCACUCUCGUCGACGAAAAUGACAAUGCACCUGACUUCGACAAGCCCGCCUAUAGUUUCUUCCUGCCAGAGAAUGUGGCAAACGGCACGAGUGUGUACGAACUGCGGGCCCACGACCCUGACGAGGGCAUUAACGGUGUUGUGACCUACAGCUUGGCUACGGACACCAAAGACUUCAGACUAGAUCCCGUCACAGGUCGGCUGAGCGUGGCAUGGCCCCUUGACCACGAGACCCACGACGUGUAUGAGCUGCGGGUGGUGGCGUCUGACGGCGGAGCGCGCUCAGCCCAUGCCUACGUCACCAUUCAGGUGGCCAAUAUCAACGACUGCCCUCCUGUGUUUCCCACUGAGCGAUCAACGGCCGUGCGUGUCCCAGAAGACCUUCCUGAGGGCGCCCUGGUCACCCUGGUAACAGCCCAUGACCCGGACUCUCCUCGCCUGCGUUACUCUCUCGUGGGCGGCUACGAGGACAUGUUUGAGCUGGACGAGGACACGGCGGCUCUACGACUGGCCAAAAGUCUGGACUACGAGACUCGCCCCGCCUAUAACAUCACUGUCCGUGCUACUGAUGACGGCACUCCGCCACUCUCGGCCAGAACUCACGUCAUCAUACAGGUGGUAGAUGUGGACGAGAAUGUUCACGCGCCGGUGUUUAUGAAGGACGUGGAGCAGACCAUAGUAUUGGAGUCUUCGCCGCCCCACACCCUCGUCGCUACCUACAGCGCCGUCGACGGGGACCCGAACCCAGCUGACGCCGCCAUCACCUAUUCCCUGGUGGGUUCUGAGGGACGCGGCGUCUUCUACAUCGACCAGAAGGGUUCCAUCUACACAUCGUCAUGGCUUGACCGGGAGACUGUAUCGCGGUACUGGCUGAGUGUGAGGGCCCAGGACUCAGGCACCGUACCCAAGCAUGCCACCCUGCACGUAUACGUGGAGGUGGCAGACGUGAACGACCACCGGCCGUUGAGCUCCUGGCCGGUAUACUGGCCGGGGGUGACCGAGAACUCCCCGCCAGGUACCAGAGUUGUGACCGUAGACGCCAGUGAUCCUGACCCCGGGGCGAACAUCACCUACAACAUCACCGCUGGUAACCCUCAGUCACUCUUCACCAUCGACUCCAAGACAGGUGAAAUACACACAACAGCAAGGCGCUUGGACCGUGAGACACAGGCAGAACACGUCCUUGAAGUGACUAUCAGUGACGGUGAUGACCCUACCACGGCACUCUCUUCCACCACUUACAUUGCCGUCAACGUCCUGGAUGAGAAUGAUCAUGCUCCUGUCUUUUUAGAGAGAUUAUACAAGUUUUUUGUUCCUGUCAUUGCCCAUUCCAAACCACCGAUGGAUGAAGCAGUUAUAGACAGAGAUUAUAUAGAGGAUAUGCCCAUUGGGCAGAACUUCUCCUCACCCGAUGCUGACUACUUCCUCCCAUACAAGAAUGUGAGGGUGAGAGAUGCAGAGGAAGAUGAGGAGGGAUCUGGGGGAGAUUCCCUUUUCCUGAAAGAGUAUAGGAGCUCCGGCCUUGUGGAAAUAUUGGAAGACCAACAAAGGGUGGAGGAGGAGGUGGAGCUGGAUUAUAUUCCUAUAUGUAGGGUUGUGGCUGUUGAUGAAGAUGAAGAUGAUAAUGGAGAUAUAAGUUAUCAUAUAGAGUCCACCAAAUGGCAUGAUUUAUUUAAAGUUCACCAGAAAACUGGUGUGAUAUCUGCAAAGGCUGGAUUGGAUCCAAGAGAAGAUUAUGAAUUCACAGUCCAAGCUAUAGAUAAUGGGCGACCACAGAAGUCUAAUUCAUGCUUGGUGCUCAUCAACUUGGUACCAGUAUUGAAAACCUCUCCUAAUGCACCUGUCAUGCUCGAUCAACCUGAGGUGCGUGUGACUGUGUUAGAAAGCGACCCCAUUGGCCACCAUGUAACACUGAUUGAGGCUCAGGAUGAUGAUGGUGAUCAACUCUGGUUUGAUAUUAUUGGUGGUGAUGAGGAGAACAUGUUCACUGUUGGGCGAGAUACUGGAGGUGUUAUGGUUGCUGGCCAUUUGGAUGCAGAGCAAAAAUCAACUUACAACCUGACAAUUUCUGUGACUGAUGGUGUUCAUGUUGUUACAACUCAGCUCAUUGUAUCUGUUCUGGAUGUUAACGACUAUCGGCCGGCAUUCUCAGAACCCACGUAUGAGGUUGAGGUGGGAGAAAAUACUGCUCCUGGUACAACUAUUUUUACACUGACUGCCUCUGACCCAGACUCUGACCAACACUUAACAUUCACUCUCAUCAACACAGCUCACAUUUCUUCAGCAACAAAAUUUAGGGUCAGCUCAACAAGUGGUGACAUUGUUCUGUACGAACCAUUGGACAGGGAAGUACAGGAAGAACACAUUUUGACAGUUGGAGUCAAAGAUGGCAUUCCCCCUACAAAGGGUGAUUAUGCUCGUGUUAUCAUUAAAGUGCAUGACUACAAUGAUCAUGCUCCACAGUUUCUUGCAACUCUCUAUAAUGGUACUGUCACUGAAACUGCAACAAUUGGAACAACAGUUGCUGAGGUCAUUGCUGUUGAUCGUGAUAAGGGUGCUAACGGCCACAUAAUGUACUCCAUUGUAUCAGGGAACAUUGGUGGUGUAUUCAGCUUGGAUCCAGAGACAGGCAUAAUAUCAUUAGCAAGAGCUGUUGACCGUCAAGAGAUGCCCGAGUACUGGUUGGCUGUCCGUGGAAGUGACAAUGGUUCCCCUCCCAGACACUCCCAUGUUAAUGUCAACAUUCAUGUGAAGAUUGCAAAUAGUGCUCCUCCAAGGUUCUUGAAGAAGGUGUAUGUCUUUGAAGUUAGUGAGUCUUCUCACGUAGGUGACUACCUAGGAGUUCUUGAAGCUGAAAGUCGCUUGGGUGUUGUCUUUUCCUUCAUUGGCGAAUCAAGACGCAAUCCCUUUGCCAUAAAUCCUGCAUCAGGAAUGGUGUCAUUAGAUAUCCCUGUGGAUUAUGAAGAAGUUCAAUCAUAUAAUUUCACUGUCUUGGCAGCAUCCAUGAAUGGACAAGAGGCCACUGCUCAGUUAAUAAUAAAUAUUCGAGAUGAAAAUGACAACCCGCCAUACUUCACACAAAGUUCCUACAGUGGUCACAUUUCUGAAGCUGCGGCCGUGAAUUCUGUGGUGCUCAUGGAGGACAACAGUCCAUUGGUGAUCUCUGCACGGGAUAAAGAUUCUGACCAGAAUUCAAAUUUGGUUUUUACCAUACUGGAAGAGGAAGCAAGGAUGUAUUUCACUAUCGAUUCAUCAACAGGUGCAAUACGAACUGUUGCCCCCUUAGAUCAUGAAGUGAUCUCUGAAGUUAGCUUUAGUGUGAAAGUUCAUGAUAAUGGCCAGCCUAGGCUAUGUGCAUCUACCACUGCUGCUGUUGCAAUCACCAUAACUGACAUAAAUGAUGUCCCACCACGCUUCCUCCUACAAGAGUACAAUGCUACUUUACUUACUCCAACACAAAAGGAUGUGUCUGUGGUUCAGCUAAAUGCAACUGACCUUGAUUUUGAUGGCAAGGCCAAUCUGGAAUAUGAAAUAGCUGAUGGAAAUAAAGAUGGAAUGUUUAUGGUCAAUUCAAAAACUGGACUGAUUACAGUGAAUAAUUCCAACAAUCUUGCCACUCAUUACCAGCUUAAGGUUACUGUCAAUGAUGGACAAUUUGCGUCAAGUGCAGCAGUCAACAUUUACGUGGAACCGAUACCCCGUACAGGCCUGAGGUUCAGUGAAGAUAAAUACUUUGCUGCUGUUGAAGAAAACAGCACAAGAGUGGACAAGGUUUCAAUGGUUCAUGUUUUGGGAAGUAAUUUGAAUGAACAUCUGAGGUUCAGUAUUCUCAACCCCACAGACAUGUUUACCAUAGGGGACACGUCUGGUGUUAUUCAGACAACUGGAAAUCCAUUUGAUCGAGAAGUUCAGGACAACUACUUGCUGAUUAUAGAGGUACGCAGUGUAGUUCAUACCACCCCAGCUCGUGUGGCUCAUGUCCAGGUGCAUGUUGUGGUCACAGACAAGAAUGACAAUGCUCCCAUCUUUGUUAACACACCCUACUAUGGAGUUAUUUCUGUUGAUGCAAAGAAGCAUCAAGUAGUUUUUAGGGUUCAUGCUACUGAUUUUGAUGCUGAUGAAAAUCGUGAUGUCCGCUAUGAACUACAGCGAGGGAAUGGAGAAGUAUUUGCUGUGAGUCGUUCAACAGGUGAAAUAAGUCUGAAACAAACGCUGGAGGGCCUCAAAAGUGAAUAUGAGCUGAUCAUAAGUGCAUAUGAUGGGGGUUCUACACCCUUAUCCUCGCAAAUCCCUGUUCGACUGAAAGUGGUCGAUAGGUCACAGCCAAUAUUUGAUAGACAGUUCUACAGUGCCACAGUUGCUGAAAAUGCAGAUUCCCACACACCCAUUGUAACAGUUACGGCUCACAGUCAGCUGAAUCGAAAACUUAUUUACACCAUUGUUGGUGGGAAUGAACAUCAGACAUUUGCUAUGGAGCAUGAAGAGGGUCUGAUACGAGUCCAAGAUGGACUUGAUUUUGAAACUCGAAAUUCCUAUCAGCUUACUGUGAGGGCAACAGAUAGUUACUCGGGCAAGUGGGCAGAAGUUGUCGUCUCAGUGCAAGUCAUUGAUGUGAAUGACAAUCCACCAGAAUUUCUACAACACUUCUAUAAUGUCACUGUGUCUGAGGCUACAGCUAUUGCAACUCCAAUUCUGACAGUUUCUUCCUCAGAUCAAGAUACAGGACCAAAUGCAGGAGUGAGUUACAGGUUAAUGGGACUGAAUGGAACUUUACCCAAGAACUUUUAUAUGGAGGGAGACUCUGGAAUCUUGAUACUGAAGCAAGGAUUGGACCGGGAAACUGCUCCAGUACACCAUUUCCUGGUUCAAGCCAUAGACAAGGGAACACCACCAUUAUCAUCUACAGCACAUAUAUUGGUUACAGUUUUGGACAUGAAUGACAACCCACCAGUAUUUGAACAGCAAGCCCAACGCUGUGUGGUGACUGAAGAUGCUUCCCGUGGCCACUUUGUUACCCUUGUGUCUGCGUCUGAUGAGGAUAUUAGUGAUGUUAACAAGCUCACAUACUCAGUUGUUGAUGGCAAUGAACUGCAGGUGUUUGCCAUAAACUCUGCUUCAGGAAUCGUAACUGUAUGGAACAGCCAAAAGCUUCGUGAGAAUAAUCAGCACAUAUUGAAUGUGUCGGUGAGUGAUGGUGUCUUCACGGCUUACACACGUCUGGUGGUGUCCAUCACUCCAGUUAAUGCUCACUCGCCAACAUUCAAAGUUGCACAAUAUGAUGCCCACAUUCAGGAAAAUUCUGCUGUAAAAACUACUGUUGCUCAAGUGUCUGCCAGAGAUGUGGAUUCUGGACGUUAUGGUGAUGUAACAUACCACUUUAUAGGUGAUGAUGCUCAAAAGUUCUUCAGAAUAAAUGAAAAUACAGGUGAUGUGUGGACUUCAGAAGUGUUUGAUCGUGAGGAGCGUGCUGAAUAUGCCUUUACAGUGAUGGCAAUGGAUAUAGGUGGGCGCACUGGCUUCACUACGCUUCACAUUACUGUUAAUGAUGUAAAUGACAAUAAGCCUGUUUUCAUGCAGACUAAUUACAAAGCAAUUAUCAGGUCCAACACCACCUCUGGAUCUGUUGUCUUAAAGGUGUUUGCUGUGGAUGCAGAUAAAGGUGAAAAUGGCACAGUAUCUUACAAUUUUCAUAGCUCAGCCUUACCAGACACAAUGGAUGCUUUUUCUAUUAAUUCAAGAACUGGAGAAAUAUCUUUGAAAAGAAAUGCGCAUGAUUUGGGGAGCUCUGUCUUUGAGUUCUUUAUUGAGAGCAGAGAUGAAGGAAGACCAAGCCUUCAUUCAAAUGUCGCAGUUUUGUUGCGCAUUGUGGAUGUUGAUGUCAGACCUCCCGAGUUUCUGUCACAAAUAUAUACCCUCACAGUUGCAGAGGAUACACCGCCAGGCACACGAAUUGGAUCAGUGGGUGCACGUUAUGAUGGUGAAUUAGAAUAUUCAGUCGAGUGGGGAGGUCAUGAAACUUCUCCGCCAGUGUCUGUAUCAUCGCAGGGCACUUUGACCCUCACAUCUUUGCUUGACCAUGAAGAUAUUCACCGACUAUCACUCAUUGUCACUGCCCUACCUACAGACAAGCCUGAGUUGGCAUCAAGUACCAAUGUGGUUAUUGAAGUUCAAGAUGUAAAUGAUGAAUCCCCAGCAUUUGAGAGUGAGAAGUACUAUGUAUCUGUAGCCGAGAACACACCUUCUGGGUCAAAUGUUGUCAAAGUUUUUGCACAUGACCGUGAUGCAGGGAGCAACUCUGAGAUCCGCUACAUCUUGGAAGAGCAAUCACCACUUGUAGAGGAACCUCUCUUCACACUUGAUCCAUACUCUGGGUGGCUAUCCCUUAAUCAAGAGCUGGAUGCAGAGACAAAGUCAAAAUAUGAUUUAAAGGUUCUUGCCAAGGACAAUGGCACUCCACAAAGAAGUUCAACAACAAGUAUUAUCAUUGAAGUAAUUGAUUACAAUGACAAUGCUCCUCAAUUUGUUAAGGAGAAAUAUCAUGCUUCAGUAAGGGAGAAUGCUCUCCCUGGAACAGUUGUAGUGCAGUUGGAAGUUCUUGACUACGACUUAGGGGGAGGGGCCUUGGAUGGAGAAAUGGGACAAGGCAUCAUAUAUUACCUCACUGCUGGAAAUGCCCUUCAACACUUCCAUGUCCGAGGAGGGGGCCAAAUAUAUGUUGCUAAAGCUCUUGAUUGGGAGUCAGUGGACAAUUAUGCUUUAGAAGUUACUGCAACAGAUGGAGUCUUUGUUGCAAAGUCUUGGGUCUUCAUUCAAGUUUUAGAUGUUAAUGAUAAUGGUCCUCUGUGCACCACACCAUUUUACCGGCACACAAUCAGUGAAGCCGCCUUGCCUGGUACUCCACUCCUCAGGGUUUCAGCUACUGACCAUGAUCUUUCACCCAAACCUCAGUUCUAUCUCACUGGUCAAGGUGCUGGAAUGUUUGCUAUGGAUAUUAAUUCUGGACAGCUUAGUGUGGCAAAACCUCUAGACCGUGAAAGGCAAUCAGAUUUUAUGCUCAAAGCUACAGUAAAAGAUGGAGAAAAAUUGGAUUGGGAAUGCACAUGCCAGGUGGAGAUACAAGUUACAGAUGUGAAUGAUAAUCCACCCAUUUUUGGCAUGCCCAGUUACAGCAUCAAUGUACCUGAAAAUUCUCCUGAGAACUUACUUUUAUUGAAAGUUCAUGCAUCUGAUCCUGACAAAGGAAUCAAUCGAAAAGUUACCUAUGCCUUAGAAGGACAUAAUAUAUUUGUGAUGGACCAGCAAACAGGAAUACUGAGUGUAACUGAAACACUGGACAGGGAAAGCCGUGCCAUGUAUAAUCUAACAGUCAUUGCUACAGAUCAUGGGUCUCCAAAACUGUCGUCAAGAACAAAUAUUCUCGUACUUGUAUCAGAUGUUAAUGAUAACCCACCUGAAUUUGCCAGUCAUACUUACUUCACAACUGUGACUGAGAGUGCAAAUAUUGGAUCAGACAUUGUACGUGUGUUAGCAACUUCUAGGGACUCUGGAAAGAAUGCGGAAAUAACCUACUCGAUCAUUGGAGGCAAUGAACACCGCAAGUUUGCUAUUCAUCCGAAGACAGGCGUCGUAUCCAUCCUAGACCCACUGGACUAUGAAAGAGCACAUUCCUACCAGUUGACUGUUCAGGCAACAGAUGGGGGUGAGCCACCACUCUCAAAUCAUGCAACCAUCAAUGUUACUGUUACUGAUAUCAAUGAUAAUGAGCCAAUAUUCCUGCAGAACUCCUACUCUGUGAUUGUUAAUGAAGCUGCAAUCAUUGGAGAAAGAUUGAUUCAGGUAAUAGCAACGGAUUUGGACAGUCAGGCAAAUGGAAGGAUUACCUAUGGUAUAGCCAAUGGAGACCCUAAUCAUCAGUUUCGAAUUGAUCAGUUAUCUGGCUGGAUAUCAGUGGCAGGUCCACUGGACAGGGAAACCGUUGCAUCAUAUAACCUUGAAGUAAUUGCUCUUGAUCAAGGAAUCCCUCAGAGAUCAGGCUCUGUCAUGGUGAAUAUUGAAGUGAGUGAUGCAAAUGAUAAUCCACCAAUCUUUGUGGAAACAAAUCACACAGCAUAUGUCCAGGAAGACAAACCUGUGAACCAUCUGGUAUUUAAAUUUGAUGUGAUUGAUAAAGAUGAUGCUGCCCAUAAUGGUGGUCCAUUCACUUUUGAAAUAAUAUCUGGUAAUGACAACACAGCAUUUCGCAUUACUCAAGAUGGACACCUACGGACCGCUACUAAGUUCAACCAUAAAGUGAAAGGCCAUUAUCGUCUCCAGAUUAGAGUGUACGACAAUGGUCGUCCACUCCUGUACUCUGAAACCUGGAUUGAUGUAAAGAUAAUUGAAGAGUCCCGUUAUCAUCCAGUAGUAUUCCCACUGCAAGUGACAGUGUUUGUGCAAACAGGUGAAUACUUUGGAGGAGUCCUUGGUAAAGUUAAAGCUGCAGAUGAAGAUCCUUAUGACACCUUGACAUACUCAAUUAUGCCUGACCCGCUGGGUGUUAACACAAGAUAUUUCGGUACUAAUCCACAGGAUGGUACACUGUCUGCCCAAGGAGGUCUGGAUGAAGGCACUUAUACUGUUAAUGUGUCAGUUACUGAUGGCAAGUUUACAACUUUUAGUGAAGUUGAAGUUGACGUUGUUGACAUAAGCGAUGAUAUGGUAGAGAAUGCCGUUAUCCUUCGACUUGGAGGAGCAAACCCUGAAGAAUUCUUGUUAUCAUACAGACGUAGUUUUCACAGAGGUGUAAAGAACCUUCUCAACGCCAAAUCCCGUGAUGUAAUCAUUUUAAGUUUGCAGAACAGUAAUGCAAGAGUGCGAAGAGAUAAAAAAAAAUCGGUUCAAAAGUCAGUGUUUGAACAAGGAGAUUUAGAUAUUCUUUUUGUUGUUCGUAAGUCUUCUUAUGAUUUCUAUCCAAGGAACUUGGUUCGGAAGAAAAUUUCAUCUGGUCGUCAGACUUUGGAAUCAGUUCUUGGGCUUCGGGUAAUUGGAGUGGUAGAAGAUGAAUGUACUGAAAAUACUUGUGAAAAUGGUCAUUGUGAAGAACGUAUUGCACUUGAUGAUGACCAGGUAGCCAUAUCCACCGACACUAUGAGCUUUGUUUCUCUUCAUCAUCGCCAUGAAUCCAAGUGUAUAUGUCCUAAUGGCUUCUCUGGUGCUCGAUGUGACAUUGUUGUUAACCAGUGUGCCUAUAAACCUUGUCCAUCAUACAAGAAUUGUGUUCCAGACAGCUCUACACUGGGAUAUGUAUGCCUAUGUCCUGAAGGAUUGGUAGGGGCUACAUGUAAGCAAAACAAGUCCAGUUGCAUUGGCAAGGCAAAUAGUCCAGAAUGUUAUAGCCCAGUAUCACCACUAUCAUUCAAAGGCAAGAGUUAUGCCCAAUAUUCACUACGUAAUCCCAUUGAACGUCACUUCUCCUUCUCUCUCUGGUUCCGGACACUUCAUCCAUCUGGGAAUCUGAUGUUUACAGCAGGCAGGAUUGACUACAGCAUAUUAGAGCUGGAAGGAGGCGAGUUGCGUUAUCGCUGGGACCUUGGUAGUGGUGAAGGAAUGGUAGCCGUAACAUCUUUGCGUGUUGAUGAUGGCCAAUGGCAUCAUGUUAAUCUUGAACGAUUUGGCAAUACUGCUGAACUAACAGUUGAUGGUCAACACCGUGGACAAGGAGCUUCACCAGGAUCAUCAGACUUGCUCAAUCUUGAUACACCACAUUUAUACCUAGGAGCAGAAGUACGACCUUGGGCAGGAGCACAGGACCCACGCCAAGGACUUGUAGGUUGUGUAGAUGACCCUAGAGUCGAUGAUACUCCCUUGCCUCUGACUCACACAACUACCACCAAAGUUGCAUCACUCACUGGCCUGACUCAUGUAGCACCUCACUGUCAAACAGCAUUGCAGCCUCCUGGUGUUUGUGGUGCCCAUCCAUGUCUUAAUGGUGGCACAUGUGAAGAGCGAGGUGCAUCUUUUAUAUGUCAAUGUCACCCCCGUUUUCAAGGUUCACGGUGUGAGUUGGACUCUAAUCCCUGCGCAUCAUCGCCUUGUCUGAAUAAUGGGCAUUGUGUCAAUGUUGAAAAUGCUUACAGAUGUGAAUGUCCAGCUCGAGUGUCUGGUCUUCGCUGUCAAUACAUGUAUUGUAAUCCCAAUCCCUGCCUAAAUAGGGGGAUAUGUGAAGAGGGGAUUUCAGGACCAAUCUGUAAGUGCAGAGGAUUCACUGGUGCAUACUGCAACAUUGAUAUCAAUGAGUGUGCAAAGAACCCAUGUCACAAUGGUGGCACUUGCAUCAAUUCCUAUGGUAGUUUCCGAUGCAUGUGUCCAGGGAAUGCCACUGGAACAUACUGUGAUUCACACAUAGGACCUCUUAUUGACAUUGGCAUAGAAGAGAUCAUCUACAUAGUUAUUGGCAUUGUAGCCGUCAUCAUUUUAGGCCUAAUAAUUGUUCUUGCAAUGCACUGUCGAGAAAGAAGAGCAGCGCGAAGACGGCAACUAAUUCAACAGACAAAUCACGUCAUUCUGAAACCCAAAAAUACAGAUAACCACAACAUCUAUAAGCGAAAUUCAAAAAUGAGCAACUUGGAAGCUUCCCAGAAUCCGCACGGUUGCACGCCUCGCCCCGACUCCUACCCCACUAGUCCUAGUGAACCUGCGUACAUGCCGCUAAACAACUUUGACACCAUCCGUAGCUACGGCUCAGCUGGAGAUGAGCUAGAGAACCUCCCUCAAUACCCCCGGGAGUUUGUCCAAAACAUAUCCAAGUCCAACAGCCUCUAUCACCACCACACACCCCAGAUUAAUCCCCUGGGAACCCCCCGGGGCUCCACUUUGGGUUCUAUGGUGGGUUCUGGUUUGGGCUCGACCAUGUGCUCCCCAGGUACUACCACAGCUGCUGACACUGAUAGUUUGCACAAGCCCUGGAAGGAUGCACUUGCACAUAAUCUGAAGGACACCUACUAUGAGAAUAACAAGAUUCAGAAUGAUGUAAAGUUCCGCCAGGGUGAGUACUUGAGCCUCAAGAAGCUAAGUGUAGACGGCAGCACCAGGGAUGAUGCCAGUGUACGUUCAGGGACAUCAGUGGAUGAUCUGCCAGGCUACCACUGGGAUUGCUCAGAUUGGGCGCGACCAUCCCAGAAUCCACUUCCUAACAUCAUGGAGGUCCCUGGAGGUGAAGUGAGAGAUUCUUCAUCAUACCAUUCCAAUGAAUCAAAUGAGUCUAUAGUAGUGGAACCAACAAAAAACCAACCUUUGAUGCCACCAGUUGAGGGCCCUGUAGAUCCUGGCCGUGAUAUGGAAACUUUGCCUGCUGAUGAGCUCAUCAGUGAGUGUGAUACAGAGUUUGAACUUGAAUCUCGGCCUGAUAUGGAUACCUCCCAGCUUCUCGAUCCUAAUUCUGAUGCCGGGGCUGAAUCAGACACCUCCCUCUUCACUCCACAGCCCCAAAGAUAUGAGACUCACCCCAACCAAUACCUUCCACAUUACCAAAUUGGCAGUGAAACAGAAACAGAAGAUGAAAGAAGCAAGCUACUAAACACAUUUGAUGACCCUUACAGCAUAAACUACCAGCCUCCACCAAUCAGUCAUCUCCCAGAGGAUCGUAAUGGUGUCACUUAUUCUCCAUACCGAAUCCGCAGUAAUCGCAGACAUGAUACUGUAAAACGUUUCAGCGAGUUUGGAGGCGACAUGUCUGUGAUCUCUGGUAUGGAGGAUGAAGAGGAGGGAGCCUCCCUUUGGGGGGGUGCAGCUUCCAAUACAUCUGCAUCAGACCUGGAUAAUGUCUGUGAUAUUGAGGACUCAGAAGUAAACUCGGAAUUUGAAAAUGAUGAUAAAACAAAGAAAUAAAUACUAAGUACCACUAAAACUGUUCAUAUCUCUUGCAGUCUUCAAAAUUGGACUGGAUGUCUAAAUAGACUUCAAAUAUUUUGAGUGAAAUGCACAAACAAAACAGUAGGAAAUAUGUAUUUUUAUAUUUGAGAAAUCAAAAGACCGGUUAGAAACUUCUCAAACAAGCCUAGAGUGAUGGAAAAAUACUAUAUUAAACUGUGACAUACAGACAAUAACAGGACUCUCAUUUAUAUUUCAGCUGCCAUUUCCUAGUGCCUGUAUGCUGAUUAAGUAAAAUAAGGGUUCAUAUAACUUAUGUAUAUCUUCCAGUGUGCCUAACAUCCCAAGGUUUUCAUUAAUUCAUAUAAUGACUCAGAGAAUGGUUCUGAUAUUUUCUUGUGUGAACCUGAAUUGUGAUUUCCUUGGGCAAAGUGCCAAUUUUUAAUUGUUAAAGGAAAAACAAGGACUUCCUAUGUAUGAAGUGUCAGUAAGUUAGACCUACUUUAUAGCACUGGAGAUGAUAGUUUUUGUGAGCCAGGAAGUGACUGUUGGAGAUAUCUCCCUGGAAUAUAUAGAUUCUCAAGGUCUAUGGUGCUAUUGCAGUGAACUGUGCAAAAAUAGCUAGCAGAUAUAGCAGUUUGCUGGCAUUGACUGGGCCAUGUAAGAGUGCUGUGUAUAUAAAUGUGUAAAUAGAAAAAGUUGUCAUUGUAUAUAAUUUACAUAAUGUGUUCCACAGAAUGUUUAUAUUUUUUGCAGUGUGAACAGACAGGGUUAGAUUUUUUCAGGUAUGUUGUGCUGCCUGUGAGGAUUCUGGGUAUGUAACCAAUCACAGUUUUGGCUGAAUGAUCGAUUAGUCUGUAUUAGACAUUUAGCAAUCUCUAUGUAGUUUUUAUCACCAUUUGGACGACAGUUUAGUACUCUAAACCCAUUUCAUUGUUGAUGGUAUACUAUCAUUAAUACAUUUGUUUUAUAUUAUUUUGAAGGUAUUUAAAAACUUAACCCAACUGUUGUGCAAUUAAAUUUGUAGAGAAUAUUUUAAUACAUUUUAUUACAAAUUUCUUAUUUUUCAAGUGUACUGCAUUUUUCAAUUUACCCCUGUGCCAAAGGUGGCAAUCAUUUUCUUGUGUCCACAAGUGUCCUUGAAUUGAACAGAGCAGAAUAGAGAUUCGGGUCAUUGACGAGAGACAUCUUGCUGCAUGUCCGAUAUCCUGUGGUAUGAUACCGGCCCGUGUCCUGACUGCCCUGAAUGUAGCUUGCAACUCUUAAGAUUAACUGGAAUUUAACAGCUUUUUGUAUAAUCCUUUUAAUUCUUAUGUAAUCUUUAUGUACUGUAUAUCAAUGAUAAAUUGAUUAAUCUAUUCCAGUAUAAGCAGAUCUCCAAACAGCUUCCCAGAAAAGGCUUCCUCUUUAUCAGUGGAAUUCUUUGUACACUGUGGUUAAUCAUCCAAUUGUGUAACACAUGCAUUGUAACUAGAGAUUCAGAUUUAUCAUAAUUUACUUAUCAUUAAGUGUGUGUGACGAGGCCUGCAAAAAUGGUUCAGAAGUAGUUGCUGGUAUUUUAAUUACAUUCAAAUAUUUUCUGGUAAUUUUACAGUUAAUAUUAGGGUUAAUGAUUGCUGCUUGGUGUUGCUGGUCAUGCCACAUACAGUGUACUCUGUUUUUGCUGUUUUUUCAAGCUGUCAUAUCCUCUUUACCAUUCCGUUCCUGAUAGGUUAUUGUACUAACCGAAGUAAUUGUGAUAAUAGCUGUACUCUGUAAAGGAGGAAUUCAUAUUUUUUAUGUGAACUAAUACAGGAGUAAUGGUUAUAUUAAAACAGUUUUAUGGAUAAUGUAUGGUUGCCUUGGCAGCUAAUGUUUUAUACAGAUUUUGUAAAUAAACUUGUAAUAACUUGUAA